ACGUCGAGCCAAGAGAAUGUCGAGACAGAGACACAGGGCCGAAAUGCACUAUUAGCUAAAAUAAUAAGGACUUUGAAUUGGAUGCCGCAACGCUGCCGUUAUGAGCCCGAGAACCCACCAAAAUUUACCCUCGCAUUAAACGUGCUAUUUGCUUUCAGUGGAACAUUCACCGUUGCCAAUCUUUACUACGCGCAACCAAUCCUAAAUGUCCUGGCUAGAGACUUUAAUGUCAGCUACGAGAGAGCCUCCGACGUAGCCACAUUAUCGCAAGCAGGGUAUGCCGUCGGCUUGCUUUUUCUAUGUCCUUUGGCGGACAUGGUUCCGCGGCGGCCCUUCAUCCUUUUCCUUAUAUGGGUAACCGCGACUAUUUGGAUCGGACUAUGUCUUACCAACAAUUUUGAAGUGUUCAUCAGCUUGUCGUUUUUGUGCGGAGUCGGGACGGUCACCCCACAGCUUAUGCUGCCACUCGUCGGUGACCUAGCACCACCCCAUCGUCGUGCUAGCUCGCUAUCUAUAGUGGUAUCGGGGUUGGCACUCGGACUGUUGAUCGCGAGAGUCCUGUCGGGAAUAGUGGCGAACUUCACCUCUUGGAGAAAUAUCUACUGGCUAGCAUUUGGCGCGCAGUAUUUGACCUUGGCGCUACUCUUCUUCUUCCUUCCCGACUAUCCUGCGAAAAACAAAGGGCUCAAUUACUUUAAGGUCCUCUGGGGAAUGGCAGUCAUGGUCGUUACGGAGCCUCUCCUCACCCAGGCAUGCUUCAUCGGGUUUCUCCUAAGUGCUGCUUUUACCUCAUUUUGGACGACUCUAACUUUCCUCUUGGCGUCGCUGCCGUACGAGUACUCUUCUCUUGAAAUCGGAUGUUUUGCUUUUAUUGGAAUUGUAGUCGUCGCGCUCGCCCCGGUCUGGUCGCGCCUUAUCACCGAUCGCUUCGUGUUUCUCUUUUCAGUUGUUCUUGGUCUCUGUUUCGAGUUUAUCGGUAUUGUGAUAUCUACUUUCAUCGGGAGCUUCACGGUAGCUGGGCCGAUCAUACAUGCCAUUAUGAUGGAUUCGGGCGCAAACUUCACCCACACUGCUAAUCGCAGUAAUAUUUAUAACCUCGAUCCAAAAGCAAGGAAUCGUGUAAACACGGUAUACAUGGUUUUCGCCUUUGCUGGGCAGAUAAUGGGCACGGCGGUUGGAAAUAGGCUGUACGCUCAAGGGGGUUGGGUCUGGAGUGGUAGCUCUAACAUCGCAUACAUUGGCGUAGCUAUUAUCAUUGGUAUAAUCAGGGGCCCAAGGGAGACUGGCUGGAUAGGAUGGUCGAAAGGCUGGAGUAUAAGGAGUGAUGAUAUUCCAAAGAGAGUAACAGCGGGUUCUGCUGAGGCCGAUAUCGAGGAGACUCAACCACCGUCGGGACAACGAGCGGAGAAGUAUACAAGGGAAGCUAUCCAGCAGCAUUCGAGAUAACUCUAUGUGUCCGCUAGAUUCGAUAGAUUCCGGUAACGCA